AUGGUCUCUCCUUUCCGUCGCUCGUCGUUCAUACCUACUAGUGCUGACCGUGGAGCGCAAAAGUCGAAUGUCAUCAGCUCGCCAAUACAGGCGCCGCGCGACCACAGAAGACCUGUUCACGUGGCUUCAAGUAAGGACAAUGUUGGAAGCGAAUUUGGGAAGUCGUUCUUUGUCAGGUGUCCUCGGUCUUCAUCCUGCGGAUCACUCACGCCAAUACUUGAGGAAGAUACAACAGCCAUCCUGGCACCGCCAGCAGUGGAUACUGAUAUGACUAACUUCCUCGAGACUGGCAGUUCACAGUCCUCAGGUGCCAGUAAUGAUAUGCCAAUGGUGCUCGAUAAUGACUCUUCUUCAGUAGCCAGCUCUACCACUCUUCUCGCUAGUAGUGUGGGGCGAUCUCCGGAGGAUCUCAGAGACGACGAUGACAGUCUGAGUGGCGAUCAUGAAGAGCUGUGCGAUCGCGGCCAAGAAGUACUGGAUGAUUUCGAACAGAUGAGCGAGAUCAUAGCCCUUGUCGGCGUUGACCUAGAAGCCAUGGAAAACCGCAUGCACACGUUAUCCUCGUACAGUGAUUACGAAGCUCGACUCUCUCUGUUUGAACGCCUACGCAACCGAGUCAGCAGAAUGGACACCAGGCUCAGAGACGUGGAGACUGGAGUUGCAGCCUUGAACAAACGUGCUGCAGAGCUUGGUGUCACGGUCGAAACAUUUAAAACGGGAGCCGACAGGAUGGCGACUUUAGACCUUCGUCUUCGCACGUCGAAGUCGCGCUUCCUCGAGGGGCAGCGUACUUACGGACAGCGCACUGACAAAGAUCAUGGCAUCGUCCCCACGCAAACUCGCAUCAGCACAACCGGUCCGAUUCCACCGUCAAUCGAAACACCAGAUCUCCGUUUCCCUGGGAGUUGGAGACCCAUGUACAUGUUAACUGACACCCCACCUGUGUAUCCGACUCUGGACGCGCUCAACACAGGCUACAACAGUCCCUCGCAGAUAUUGCUGCGUCAACUACAAGGCGCCUUCGUCUAG